GUCUAUUGCUGAUGACGUCAGCGGGAUCCGCCAGCAGGUGGCAGCAUCCGCCUGUCCUGGUUCGACCGGAAGUGCCUCGCAGGGAUUCUCCGGCUUCAUCUCUGCCCCAACUGGGGCAGUUUCCCCCUUUAAUCUCGACUCCAGAGUUUUGCUUUUUUACCCUGGGUGUUGUCUUCCCUUUCCCCGCAACUUUGGCGUUUCUUCCCAUUCAAAUCUUGCCGUGACUUGUUGAUUUUCGACUGGCGUUAGCCGCCUAAGCUAACUGAGCUAAACAAGGAGCGCACCGCCAAUGCAGGCCAUUAAGUGUGUGGUCGUGGGUGACGGGGCUGUGGGUAAAACAUGCCUACUCAUCAGCUACACCACCAAUGCUUUCCCCGGGGAGUACAUUCCCACUGUCUUCGACAACUAUUCGGCCAACGUGAUGGUGGACGGCAAACCGGUGAACCUCGGCCUCUGGGAUACGGCAGGGCAGGAGGACUACGACCGACUCAGGCCGCUGUCCUACCCGCAGACCGAUGUCUUCCUGAUUUGCUUCUCACUAGUUAGUCCCGCCUCUUUUGAAAACGUCCGCGCUAAGUGGUACCCCGAGGUGAGACACCAUUGCCCCAACACCCCCAUCAUCCUGGUGGGCACCAAGCUUGACCUGAGGGAUGACAAGGACACCAUCGAGAAGCUCAAGGAGAAGAAACUCGCGCCCAUCAUCUACCCUCAGGGCUUGGCCAUGGCCAAAGAAAUAAGUGCCGUAAAAUAUUUGGAGUGUUCAGCUCUGACACAGCGCGGCCUUAAAACGGUGUUCGACGAAGCCAUCCGGGCUGUUCUGUGCCCACCGCCUGUGAAGAAGCGGAGGAGGAAGUGCAUAAUUUUGUAGGAGCAGGAGCGUCGGGGAACAGCUGCAGUCCAAACUCGGCCACCAAGAAGGAAGAGUUUCUUUCCCUUUUUUCCUGAUUUUUUUUUUUUAAUAGUUUUUUAAAAAAUAUAUAUCAAUGCUCUUGUUAGAUCAGACCAGGUCCUUAUAUAAAAAAAUAUAUAUAUAUUAAAUACAUAACGCUAUUUUUUUUUUUUUGAUCUGGAGCAACACGGCUGCUUAAGUAAGUCCAGUCCUUUUUUUUGUUCAAUGUUGACUAAAAAUUAAUUGUUGAACUAAGAACUUGUUAUAGCUUACAAAGACAUUUUUACUUAUUAUAGAAAUUCCUGAGGCCUUCAGAACAGGACGACCCCUCGAGGGAAUCAUAUCUGUUUUUAAAAAAAUAGGCCCGACGGCCCCUGAACCCGCUUCCAUUUUGUGGUUAAAAACAUUAUAGUUUCAGGAGUGAAUUGUUCUUUUAUUAUUUUUUUUUCCUCAAUUGUUAUUGAAGGACCUAUUGUUUACCCUCUGACUGAAGAGGCCCUUUUCCUGUUUUUUUUUAUGUGCAUAUUCCAUACAAUUAUGAAGAACCAGUUGAAUGCUUUGCGGCAAGUGUAGUCGAAAUUGUUUUUGAACAAUGUCCGUUAGGUAAAUAUGGAAGUUAUGAGAAUUCAGUAUUUCACUGCUAAUUGAUUGUUGAAGGUGCAGAGACUUUAUUAGUUGCUUAUCCAAUAAUUUUUUUUUUUUAAUCCUCCCUGUUGCAGUAUGUCAUAAGGAGCCCGUGUUUGUUGUACAAUUUGAUCGUCACCUUUAAUCCUUUUUUUUUUUUUUUUUGCCCCCACAAAAAGGGGCCCGUUGUUUCAGUGGAGUGUUGAAAGUGCUCAGUUUUGCCAAUAUGGUAUAAUUUCACAUUUUAUAAGUAAAUAAAGUUGUCAAAAAUA